AUGACGACAUCAGAACCAAACACCAAGAAUUCACCAUUCCUCUCGCUUUUCCAUCGCAAAAAACGUGUGAACGGCACGAAAUCUAGCGACGAUCUGAAGGCCGCCGCCAUGGGACCGCCUAAGGAACAGGCACCUCCUGUCCCAGUGACGGAGAGGAAAUCUGAGAAGAAGCACGAGUCUAACACACUUCCUGCAAAGCUGGAUACAAAGAAGAAGAAACAGAAACCAGUGUGGGAACAAACAAAGUCCCAGUCGUUCGACGUGCUCCUCGAGGAAGACCCUGCAGUGCUUGUAGAAGCGUUGGAGACGAUAGCAGCAGAACAACCACUUGUAGCCAGAAGCAUUCCAAAACAUGCUAAAAUUACAAAAAGAGAGGACAAAAGCAUGAGGAAUUGCUUAUACGAGCAAGAGGUGUACGAUUCGAUGCUUUUUGACUCACUUCGUGUAUGCGAUCUUCUGCAAACCCACCUGGAUGAGUGCAUCAGUUCGGUAAGAGCGAAGAGCCCGGAGAAUUGCCUUGACAUCUCACAGGACGGAAGAGACUCUGGAAGGGGUGCUUCAUCUGCCUCAUCAACUAUCUCGAUUUACGAAAACCAUGACUUGUCAUUGAAAGUUUCGGGUUCUAUACUGGCAGUGGUCAUCGUCGACGAUUGAUCGCUAUAUUCCGCAAUACAUUCAAGACGUCUUCCUCAUAUAUUAUUUUUCAGUCUCAUUACUCUCCAUUUCACGCAUAUUGAACCAGUGAGCUUCAGCAUUUCCUUCUUGCUUUUCUGUCUGACCGUCUUUUACCUCUUAGUUCAAUUUCAAAGAGCUUUACGAUUCACCAUUUUGUAUAUCGGCUCUUUCUUUGCUUUGUAUAUGUACUGAACGCGCCCACGAUGUAAAUUAGUACUUAUCGGUGUACUAGUGGCAGUUUACCACAAAUGGUCUAAACCUCUGUAAAUAAAGCUUUAAGAUGGG